CGAGCGCGUCGACAAGGCCAAAUAUCACACUCGUCUGGAUAAGAGUGGCCGUUCUUCCGACCCUCCCGCGGGCGCGAACCCGUGGCCCUCGCGCGCUCAUGGCUUCUUCCUCCUCCUCCGUCUUCUCCCCGCUCCUGCGGCCGUCCCUCCGGCUGCCCGUCGCCUCGGUCACCACGCGCUCCUCUGUUCCCCACGCUGUGUCGGUGGACAGCGCGGCCGCUGCCACGCAGCCGGCGCCUCUAGCGGUUGUCAGUCACAGGAGGGAGCUGGUGGUGGGGACGGCGCUCGGCGCGCUGUUGUCGGCGACGCCGCUGCCCGUUGGUGCGCGGGAGGUCGAGGCCGGCAAGUACCUGCCGCCGGCGCCGUCCAGCCCGGGCUUCGUGUUCUUCAAGGCCAGCACCAAGGACACCCCUGCCCUCCGGGCUGGCAAUGUGGAACCAUACGAGUUCAUCCUGCCGCCCACCUGGAAGCAGCUGCGAGUGGCCAACAUACUUUCCGGCAACUACUGCCAGCCCAAGUGCGCGGAGCCAUGGGUGGAGGUGAAAUUCGAGGAUGAGAGGCAGGGCAAAGUGCAGGUAGUCGCCUCGCCGCUCAUCCGCCUGACCAACAGGCCGAACGCCACCAUCGAGGACAUCGGCAGCCCCGAGAAGCUGAUCGCCUCCCUGGGGCCUUUCGUCACCGGCAACACCUUGGAGCCCGAAGAGAUCAUCGAGACCUCUGUCGAGAAGAUCGGCGACCUAACUUACUACAGCUAUGUGUUGGAGACUCCACUGGCACUGACGGGCUCUCACAAUCUGGCCAAGGCCACGGCCAAGGGGAGCACUGUGGUGCUCUUCGUCGCGAGCGCCAGCGACAAGCAGUGGCAGUCGUCGGAAAAGAUUCUGAAGGCUAUGGUAGAUUCGUUCCAAAUAUGAUUGCAGCAAGUGCAGGCGGCCUCCAGACCUGGACGCGCGGGUUUGCUUGCUUACUACUUCCACAAGAGAAACUGGUACCUGUUUUUGAGGCUUGGAACACUUGUAAUGAGCUACUUGAUCGACUAA